AUGUAUUUCACACUGCUGCUUUGUAUAGCAAUUCUAAUUCCAUCUUGUCUUCCUUCUGCUAUACCAAGCCAGGUAUUAUCAAAUAAUAAGAGAGCUUCAGCCUCAACUUGCUUAAAUUCUGCAUCUUCACGGAAUUGUUGGAAUGGUAAAUAUUCGAUUGAUACAGAUUCGGAGGAGGCAUGGCCAAAUACUGGGGUUGUUGUUGCUUAUACUCUUAUCAUAAAAAACCAGACUAUGUCACCCGACGGUACACCAAGAUGGAUGUUAGUAGUCAACGGCACUUACCCAGGUCCUACCAUUACUGCAAGUGAGUUCUUUCCAUUGUGGCCCCCGCUACCCAGUGCAAUGUUGGCUCAUCUCUUCACAGACUGGGGUGAUACACUGGAAAUUACUGUUGUCAAUCAAAUAAUCACAGACGGUGUAAGCAUUCACUGGCACGGGAUUGUCCAGAAAAAUACUAAUACCAUGGAUGGUGUGAAUGGAAUAACAGAAUGUCCAAUUCCACCAGGCUCAUCCAAAGUCUACAAAUUUCUCGCAACCCAGCACGGUACCUCUUGGUAUCACUCCCACCAUGCAGCCCAAUAUGGCGAUGGAGUUCUUGGAAGUAUCGUCAUAAACGGUCCUGCUUCGCUGAACUAUGACUACGAUCUCGGUCCACUGCCAAUUACUGAUUUCUAUUAUAAGUCUACUUAUGAAGAAGGCCUUCUCUCUGUUAGUAAAGGUCCUCCAAAAGCAGACAAUGGCCUCAUAAACGGAACGAACCGAAACCCUCACAAAACCGCUGGAGCGUACAAUCAGGUAUCAGGACUAGUUCCAGGAGCAAAAUAUCGUUUACGAAUCAUCAACACGAGUAUAGACAAUCAUUUUCAAGUCACUUUAGACUCUCACUCUUUUCAAGUGAUUCAAACUGAUUUCGUACCGAUCCAGCCCUACACUACCAACACCAUCUUCAUAGCAAUUGGCCAACGAUAUGAUGUAAUCAUUACAGCUGAUCAAACGCCUUCUAAUUACUGGUUCAGAGCCAUUGUUCCCAAACCUCCGAUACAAAAGGGGUUUGGCUGCGGUCAAAAUGCCAAUAAUGGGUCUAUCAAAGCCAUUUUCUCGUAUCAGGGUGUCGAAUCAUCGGAGCCAGAUUCCAAAUCUUUUCUUAUACCCCAAAGCUGUGAAGAUGAGACUCACCUAGUCUCCUGGCAUGAAAAAUCUGUGCCCGAGAAUGAAUUCUUGUGGCCUACUGCCCAAGAAUUAAUUGUUACAGGGCCAGGUAGUAAUUCGGUUCCAAAAGUACCUGCACCAUAUGUCUGGAGUAUCAAUGAUACAUACAUGGAAAUUGAGUGGGAUAAGCCCACGCUCCAAUAUGUUGCCCAAGGAAACAAGAAUUAUAACGUACACCAGAGUAUCAUUGAACUUCCAGAUGCAAAUGUAUGGACAUUCUGGAUCAUCAAAAAUGCUGCCGCGAUACCACACCCUAUUCAUCUUCAUGGUCACGACUUUUACAUUUUAGGACAGGAGAAUGGGGUCAAUUUCACAGACAAAUCUAGUUUGAACUUUGCUAAGCCUGCUCGGCGUGAUGUAGCCAUGCUUCCAGCUCUCGGAUACUUAGUUAUUGCAUUUGUUACGGAUAAUCCUGGGGCUUGGUUAUUACAUUGUCAUAUCGCGUUCCAUGUCGGGGAGGGGCUUGCGCUUCAAUUCCUAGAACGUGAAUCAGAAAUUGCGCAAAGAGUAAAUCUUUCCACUGUAGAUGCGGGUUGCAAGAGGUGGGAUACAUGGUAUAGUAUCGAGCGGGUUGAUAAUGCUUGGAACACAGAAUUUGAUUCGGGUAUUUAA